UUAUAAUUCUAAAAAGUUUAUUGUUUUGUUUAUACUAUCAAGUACUCAACUAAUUACUUUAUCAAUCCGUCAACGCAUCUAUUUAUCAGUUUUGAAUUUCCCGGCAUAAAUAAUUUAUAAGUUAUAAGUAAAAAUGUCCGUAUCUAGUGCGAGUGCUUCAGAAAGUCAAAUCGUUGGUGAUGAUCAUGAAUUUGUUGUGCCACAAAAAUGUAUCAAAAAACCAGAGGAUAUGGCAGUAUGGGAAAAGUCUGAAGCGUAUUGUGAAUACUUGGGAUUUAUACUGGCACUGAAUGAAGCGACAAAAGGAAAAUCGUUGGAUGCUGAGUGUCCUCAAGGAGAGCAAGUCAAAAAAACAGUAACAAUGCUGGAUAAAUUUGACCAGUGGUUGACAGAAAUACCACCGACUGAACAGCCUCAAAGAUUUGGUAAUAAAUCAUUUCGCGAGUGGUACAAAAGGCUAGAAGAGUUGGGAGAGGAAGAGCUAAAAAAAGUGCUACCAGAUAAUUUACAUCGCGCAUCGCCAGAAUUAUUCAAAUAUUUAUGCGAAGGGUUCGGUAACCCAACGCGCAUUGACUAUGGUACUGGUCAUGAAAUGUCAUUUAUUAUGUUUUUAUGCUGUAUGUUUAAAAUAGGAGCUUAUAAAUCCGAUGACAAAGUCGCUGUUGUUAAAUUAUUUAACCGAUAUUUAGAAUUAGUGCGACGUCUUCAAUUAGUCUAUCGCAUGGAGCCGGCUGGUAGUCAUGGGGUUUGGAGUCUAGAUGACUAUCAAUUCGUUCCAUUUAUAUGGGGAAGUUCACAAUUAGUUGGACAUCCACGUAUUGAACCCAGACACUUUGUAGAUCCCGGAAUAAUGGAGACGUUUAAACGCCAGUAUAUGUUUUUGGGAUGUAUUGAAUUUAUUUCGAAAGUGAAGAUCGGGCCAUUUGCCGAGCACUCAAACCAGCUUUGGAACGUCAGCGCCGUGAACUCCUGGUCAAAAGUAAACGCCGGGUUGAUACGAAUGUACAAAGCGGAAGUACUCGCUAAGUUUCCAGUUAUCCAGCAUGUACUUUUCGGGUCAUUGUUGUCAUUGAAACCAGCACCUCCUGGUCCCACAGCGGCCUCCAGAAACCCAAAGUUUCCAGCUCCGAAGCCGCCUAUCGCUACUCCGCGACAAUAAUUCUUUAUUAUUUCAGCUGGUUAAUUUAAAUUUAUUCUACCAUCACAAUGUACUAUAAUUACAAGCAAUAAUUAAUAAAUAAUU